UCGAACGAACUACAAAUGUCAAAAUUUCAACGUCAUUAUGUAUGUAAGUAUAUGGGAGAUACCUCCGGAGCGCUACAACUCUAAGAAUAUGGAAAAUUCUUAGAAAGCUUGGUAGGUAUUAAUUUUCACACUCGUUAUAACCGUUGAUCACUGUCUUUCUUUCUUCACACUCCGCAUAUUUCUGGGAAUUGUAUCUCCAAAAAGAAGCCUACAUCUUCAUCCAAAAUGUCAUCCAAAAUGUCGGCAUCUUCAUCAGUCAUUCAAUUAGAAUGUCAAUGCAACAAUUAUCCUUGGGGCAAACAAGGCAAGGAGUCUCUUGCAGCAAAGUAUGCAGCUGCUACCCCAGGAGGCAAAUUCAAGCUCGAUGAGAGUAAAGAGUACGCAGAGAUGUGGAUGGGCACAUAUCCCACUACGCCAUCUCUCAUCUUGUCAAACGGCAAAGACUUACAGGAACAUCUUAAUGCCAACAAGGAGAAGUUGAUUGGAAAACCAAUUCUCGAUAAAUUCGGAGCAGAUCUACCAUAUUUACCAAAGGUACUUGUUUCCCUCCUGCCACAUUAUCUGCGAUGUCCAUACUGACCUUAUAAAUUCAGAUUCUUUCAAUAGCUAAAGCUCUGCCUCUACAAAUUCAUCCUGACAAGGACCUUGCAACCAAACUGCAUAAACGAGACCCCGAGAGGUUUGGAGACCCAAACCACAAACCGGAAAUCGCUGUUGCCCUUGGAAAAUUCGAAACAUUCGUUGGCUGGAAACCUCUUUCUGAAAUCCAAUCGCUAUUCACCAGCAUCCCAGUCCUGAGCUCCAAAUUCCUCACCUCCCCAUCCAAUACCAUCGAUAAAGAUGCUUUAAAAUUCAUCGUACACAAAAUCCUGACCCUUUCAGAUGACGAAGUAACAUCCAUCUACAACGCCCUUAAAGAAAUUCCUUCUUCAGAUUUCCCUACCUCAUCACACGUCCCCGAGCUUCUCCCCCGUCUCGCCUCCCAAUAUUCCGCCUCCGACCCAGGAAACCUCGUCGCCCUCCUCACAAUGAACUUUUUGACCCUCCAAAAAGGCGACGCCAUCUACGUCCCCGCAGACGGUAUCCACGCCUAUCUCUCCGGCGACAUCGUAGAAUGCAUGGCUCGCUCCGACAACGUAAUAAACAGCGGGUUCUGUCCCCGCGCCGACCGCGACUCUGCCGAAUUAUUCAGCGCUGCUCUGACCUUUUCUCCCGUCGGAAAAGAUGAAUGUAUCCUCAAACCUACAUCAAGCCCCAAGGGUAAAAAUGGAAAAACAAAAGUAUUAGCACCACCUAUGAGUGAAUUCGACAUGUUGAUCAUGGCGCUCGAAAAAGGAGAAAAGGAAACGAUUGAGAAGCUGGGAGGUCCAAGUAUUAUGGUUAUUACGGGCGGUAAAGGAACUUUGAAAGUGGGCGGGGAAAAGUUUGAGUUGAAGGAGGGAUAUGUAUUUUUCGUGGGUGUAGGUACGGAGUUGGAGUUUGAGGCUGAGGAGGGUUUGGAGGCACAUGUUGCUUUUUGUGAAGCGUAGAGUUUCUAUUUUAGUUGUUUUUGAUAUCUAGUGGCGUGAUAUGAUGUGAUAUGACAUGGCAUGGAAUGGUAUGAAAUUUACACAAGAAUAUCAUCUUGUACAGACUAUAUCCGUAUGUGAAGUUUCCCUUGACGAAAUGGUUUUAGGUAUUCGUAAAUGCCUAUCUUCACAUCAG